UUUUGUGGGGAUGACGUCAUGUGAUGUUGUUGAUUUCGGCCAUUUUGAUAGGAAGUCCUCUUUAUUUUGUAACUCGAUUUUAACAGAGAGACCGCACCAAAAAAAUAAGUAUUUUGAUAUUAGCAAUAACUUAAAACUCAUCCAACAUGACUGAUAUGGAUAAACUGAACAUCGACAGCAUUAUAGCAAGACUUUUAGAAGUUAGAGGGUCACGCCCAGGAAAAAAUGUUCAGUUGACAGAGGCAGAAAUCCGUGGUUUAUGUUUGAAAUCCCGGGAAAUCUUUCUCAGUCAACCAAUAUUACUUGAACUUGAAGCACCAUUGAAAAUCUGUGGUGAUAUUCAUGGCCAGUAUUAUGAUUUACUUAGGUUAUUUGAAUAUGGCCAGUUUCCUCCAGAAAGCAAUUAUCUGUUCUUAGGAGACUAUGUAGAUAGAGGGAAACAGUCCUUAGAAACUAUUUGCCUUUUGUUGGCAUAUAAAAUAAAAUAUCCUGAGAAUUUUUUUCUUUUGAGAGGAAAUCAUGAAUGUGCAAGUAUUAACAGAAUUUAUGGAUUUUAUGAUGAAUGUAAGAGAAGAUACAACAUUAAACUAUGGAAAACAUUUACAGACUGCUUUAAUUGCUUGCCAGUUGCAGCAAUAGUUGAUGAAAAAAUAUUUUGCUGUCAUGGAGGAUUAAGUCCCGACUUGCAAUCAAUGGAACAAAUACGUCGUAUCAUGCGCCCAACUGAUGUACCAGAUCAAGGAUUGCUGUGUGAUUUGCUAUGGUCAGAUCCUGAUAAAGAUGUGAUGGGUUGGGGUGAAAAUGAUAGAGGUGUUUCUUAUACAUUUGGUGCAGAUGUUGUUGCAAAAUUUCUGCAUAAACAUGAUUUGGAUCUCAUAUGUAGAGCACAUCAGGUUGUUGAAGAUGGAUAUGAAUUUUUUGCCAAACGACAGUUAGUAACUCUAUUUUCUGCACCAAAUUAUUGUGGAGAAUUUGAUAAUGCUGGUGCCAUGAUGAGUGUUGAUGAAACUCUCAUGUGUUCUUUCCAAAUAUUGAAACCAGCUGACAAAAAGAAAUUUCCUUAUGGAGGAAUGAAUACGGGACGUCCAAUAACUCCUCCGAGAGGCCAAGUAACCAAGAAAAACAGUAAAAAGUAGUUUCCGGUGUGAUUUUGCUGCCAUCCUAAUGAAUUUGUGGACAAUGUUCACAGAUCGAUUGUUUAAAUGCACAAACGAAUACGGUGAGAAAUGAUCCGUAAUUCGACGACCUAAAAGAUAAGGACGGAGAAUCUUAAAACCCUGAUAAUACAAACUGUUGAAUAGUACAUGUAUAUAUAAUGUGCUUAGUUUUUCUGAAAUGUUGUACAGUGUUUUGACACAGAGUCUAUCUUAAUAAUGAAUAGAAACAAGUUGGUAUUUCAUAGUUUGGGAAGUACUGUUUUUUUUAUGUAGGUUAGAUAUCCUAUUCUGUAAUAUAAAUCUAUAAUUAUGCAAUAUGUUUAUAACUUUUGCAAGUUUACCCCCAGUUUUGUAAGUUUUAUCCAGACGGUGCAACAUUAGCAGUAUUCACAUUAGUUUGUAAUUUUCAAAGCAUGACAUUAAAAUAUAUAUGCAUUUUGAAU